AUGCGGCCGUCGGCACAGCGAGGCCGUAAUAACGGCCAGGUCGAGACGGGCCGGGGCCACAAACUGACGCCCCACAAACUGCCCCCCAACCUGCCCCCGUGCGCGCCCGCAACCCUCCCCCGCGCCGUCGCUGUCCCCUCACCGGCCGCCUCGCCGCCACCACCCCGCCGCCACCCACCGCCGCCCGCGCGGAUCCCGCUGCCGCCGCCCGCCGGAUCCUCCCCCCCCCACCGCGCGCGACCCGCCCCCGCACCGCCGAGCUGCCCCCGCCGCCGCAGAGCUGCUCUGCCGCUGCAGAGUUGUUGCGCCGCCCGCCGAGAUCCCGCCCUCGUCGACCGGCCCGGCCGCGCCACCACCCGCCUCCGCACCGCCCCCGCGAGCAGCCCGGUCGGCCCCCGCAGCAGACCGGCCGCCGCAGCAGCUCGCCGCCUCACCCGGCCCGUCGCCCGCAGCAGCCGCUGCCCCUCACCGGCCGACCAUAUGGGGAAGAAGCUCAGGAGGGAUCUUGGUGAGAUGGAAGCGUGGGAGCACAUGAAGCUGGUGACGCCCGGUCCGAACGAGCAUCGGCCCGCGCCUGCCAAGUACUUUGGAAAUGCCAAAGAGAACAAGGAAGCAUACUGCGAGGAGUUCGCCAAGCUCCAUCCAGAGGUGGAGGACCCUAUGAGCGAGCCGAUCGAUGAGGUGGCGAUGAUGCUGGCGGGGUCCGGCUAG